CAAAUUACGUCACGCGUCUCGUUCGCAGUCUGAGCCACAUCAACUGAAAAUAGAACUGUAAGAGUAACAUUUGAAAUUAUGUAUCUAUCUGCAUUGUUAGUGUUAUUUUCAUAGUGUCUCGUCACUGUAACAGUUAUUCACACCAAAUCACUUAGGAGAAUCGUGGUGAUCAUUAUAUUCAUACAAGUCGCAUUACUGAAGCAGCGCCCUCUAAGGAGACCCUGGAUUGGAUGAUUUCUCAUCGUAUUUCGUUGGGCUAGCACAGAGGCUAGCUUGCUAACGAGCUGACGGAGGGAAGUGUCAGUGAAAGGGAAAGGAACAGAAAGGUAACGUUAGCUAAAGGUUAGCGGUCGUCUUUGACAGAACAUUGCGCUUGACCUUUAUGAGGACGAAGAUAUAUCCACAAGGCUGCUCACUGAGUUGCUGGCUUUUUUUCAGGUCACAUUUUCAACAUAUUUUUCAAAUUAUUAUUAAUUUGCUCAUAGAUUGUUCGCUUAACAAAUAAACUGGCUAGCUGAAUUGCUAGAUAGCUAGUAAUGGAGAGGCAAAUGCUUGUGCAGCUGCUAAACUGUGGGGAAUUUUGAAUAGCCAUGGCCGAUGCAAGUACUAGAGUGAUGGAAAAGGGCAGAGGAAGGAUUACAUCAGAUUCCGCUUUGAGAGGCGUCUAUCCUCAGCAGUAUCUUCAUCCGGCUACUCAAUGCAUAGAGAUUCAGGAGCUCGCCUCCAAGCGUGUCGACAUCCAGAAAAAGAGGUUUUAUCUAGACGUGAAACAGAGCGCACGGGGCCGGUUUCUCAAAAUUGCUGAGGUGUGGAUUGGAAGAGGCAGACAUGAUAAUAUCAGGAAGAGCAAACUGACGCUCUCCAUGUCGAUGGCCCCUGAUCUGAGGUACUGCCUGGGAGACUUCAUCGAUUAUUACGCGCACAUCGGGCUGCGGGGAGCUCAGGUGCCACGGGCAGAAGAGCAAAGCAACGGCCAAGGCCGACCACAUGAUUCCCGUAGGCGACCGCAAGAUCACCACCAUCAAGCAGUACCAAACUCACCUACCGACUCUGCCGUUUCGGAAGAGCACACCCAUCGGGUUUUGAAGAGUGAAUUCAUAGAGAGAGAUAACAGAAAGUACUAUUUAGACUUGAAAGAAAACCAGCGCGGCAGGUUCCUCCGCAUUAGGCAGACGGUCAGCCGAGGACACGGUACCAUGGGAUAUUACGGUCAGGGCAUUGAGCAGACCAUAGUGUUGCCAGCGCAGGGGCUAAUUGAGUUCAGAGAUGCGCUGUCGCAACUAAUUGAAGACUACGGAGACGAAGAAACUGACGAGAGAACCAGGGGCAACAGGAGCCAAGAUGAAUCACCGGAGCUUCCCGAGGCGGUAUCUUUCCGAGUGGACAACAAGAGGUUUUAUUUCGACGCAGGUUCCAACAGGUACGGCGUGUUCCUAAAGAUAAGCGAGGUACGGCAGCCAUACAGAAACACAAUCACUGUGCCCCUCAAGGCCUGGGCUAGAUUUGGGGAUAAUUUCAUCAGGUACGAAGAGGAGAUGCGACGCAUUUUCACCUGUCACAAGGAGAAGAGGACGCAGACACGCGCGGACAGUGAAGAUCAAGAGGAUUGACAACGGUUUCCUUUUUGGCCAGAGGGUUUGCUUAAGUGAUUGUGCGAUCCAAACAUAAAUGAAAAAUAUAAAUGUGACAAUAGCAUAGUUUGUUAAAAAUGUUUUGUUUUCUAAUAAUGUACCUCUAAAAUAAUGUACUGUAUGACUCUAGUCAACUAGCACUUUCAAAUUAAUAACUGUUGUUCCUGUUUCAUUCAUCAGUUUUUACAUCAUAAAUUGAAAAUUCGUACUGAAUGACGAUAAUGGGAAUAUAAGUAGUUCAUUUUUGCACAAUGAAAAUUAUAUUUGAGAUGUGGUGAUUUUAUUGUGUAUUCCAUGUAGGCGUAACCAUUGAAUUGAAAUUUGAAUAUUCAUGAAAUCGUAGAUGUUCCGAAGCUGGAAGAACUACGUUUUGUGAGUGGUUGCUUUCGGAUAUAGCCAGAGAUCAGCACGAUCAAAGAAAUGCAGAUGUGUAUAUAUUAGAUAAAUAAUAUUGAUAUAUUUCAUUACUAUAUUCAUACAUAUAUGAUAUAUGUGGAUAUUUAUACUGCAGACAUAUAUAUGUUUGUAUAUAUAAUCUAAGGUUGAUAGUGUGGAUGAUGUAUUUUACGUAUGGAAAGAGGUUGUUCAUUAUAGCCACCCCCAUAAGGUUUGGGCAAGGUUGAGGUGGUUGUAAUCAGUUGACAAAAUUGUGCACUUUAUGGAGUAUUCCUUCAGUGAACUUGCCCAUUUUGAAUCUAUUUAUACACUGGUGAGGUUAAUGUGCUUUUUUGGGGCUGUUGUGCAUCCUGUAGAGACGGUUCCCAUAGUCACUCAAAAGAAAGAUCAUUACUUCCUUGUUGACGUGUCAUACUGUGUGCACGCUGUGUACAAAAGGUCAUCUAAUGCCAAGAGAAAGCAAAAAAAAAGCCAAGCAGAUGUCAAUCAAAGGGUUAAAAAAAGUCACUCAGUGGUGUCAAUUCUGAGCUUUUUUUAAAUAUCUGUUUUAUAGAAAAAAAUUAAUUACACCAAUGAAUGUGUCACUAUGUUAUAACUUCUUACAUUUGGCACACUUCAGGGAGACGACCACCCUCAGAUUUACGCCACUGAUGAGCACACUAAUAGUUUUAUUUUGCCUUAAAGCCAUUCCUGACAGUUAGAGUCCUACUUGAAAUGAAAAUCUUAAGUUAAAAAUUAUGAAGCCUUUCAAAAUAUGAAAAAUGCACUUGAAUUAUCCAAACCAAGCCCUGUGGUUAUCUAAAUGUUUCAAGUUUUAACUGUUUUAAAGAGCGCAGCUUGGGAGCCUAUGACUAAUAUGACUUCUGUCUUAUCUCUGUAGAUUUGACCCUCCACCUGACAUUGUCUGAAGUUACAUUUUAGUCUACUGGAGAAUUAUUUAACAAUGCCACUUCUUAUACAUAUACGCUGGCCAUCUUUAUAGUGUCACUUCAAAUCUGAUUGGGUGUCUGACUUAUGUGAGCUUUAGCUGUUAUAGCUUAUGCAUUUUUUUCUUCUUAAAAAAUCUAUAACCAAUUUCCAUACAUGAUGUAAGAAUUAUGUCUGCCCCUAUAAUUUAGUCAUAGGUCAGAUUAUGGUCUACUCACUUUCGAUUCCCUUACCUGCAGAUAAAUUGUGAAAGAGAGGAAUUGCAGAGUUAUGAGUUACAGGAAUACACCACCAACAAAAAAAAAAAGAUUUUUUUUUUAAUGUUAGAACAUUGAAAUUAUGUGGAGUUCUCCAUCUCAUCAUUCUCGCACCGUUCUCUCUGCUCUCAAGUCACAUAGCCCCAGAGAGUCUUCACAGCACACUGUGUAAAUGGAAAUGGAGUCUGAGGUUAUUCUCCUAUCUUAAGGAUACUACUGCUUUAUGCAGGCUCUGGUGCCUAAACAGUCUAGUAAGCUUUCAUAGUUACCAGUAAUGAAGCAAUGUGUGUGUAGUUUGCCCAUGGAGAUAUUUUUGUUAUUUGAAGAUUGUACUGGGGGCCUUUGCUUGUGUUCUCCACUGCAGCUAACAUAGGUUGCUUUCACAUGCUCCCUAAUUGCUACUUGUACCUGCUCUCUAGAACCUGUCCUCAAAAGCAGUCUGGUUUCUGUGCAUCCUGUGCAUCAGAUGGUGCUCCCAAAAUCACCCUCCUGAAUGUGGAUCCUUUUUUAUUCUUGGUAACUGUGUGCUUCAAUUUCAAAAAUACAUCGUAGUAAAACAUUUACAGACCUCUCCAAAAUUAUCUUUCAAACAUGCCAAAUUUGGUGCAAUCCACAGUGCAGACUGUUUACAUACAGCUGAUCUAGCAAAACCACAGACAGGCUCUGGAGUGCUCGGGAAAGGGUACAUGUUAAAGCACCUAUGGCUGUACAGCAAGCCACAUAUAAGCUACAUCUGCAUUCAGAAUUGGAUCUGGCAUCAAAGCAACAACAAAUCAUUUUGGUUCUCCUAAUUACAGAAAAGAUCUAGUCUAAUUCUUCUAACACAGUGCGCUAGGGGCCUACUGUAGGCACUUUGUGAAAAGUUGCCGGCUUUGGAUUCCCAAAACUGCUUUGGGACAUGAAAGGACAUGUGCCAAAUGUGUUAAUGUUAAGGAAUAAUGUGUGCGUUUUUCCCAGUGGAGUACUGCUUAGAUGUUUUUUGCUUGUCAUUGGUCAAAUGAUGUGAGAAAGUAGUGUGUGUAUAUUUUUGAAGUAACGCUGAAACAGAGAAUACCCCACACAGCACACUAUCCUCGCAUACGGUGCUUUUUAAAUUAGCCUAUAUUUGACAAAGGUCUAUCAAAAUACCAAACUGGCUAAGUUUCAUAUGCUGACUCAUUUUUGUGAUCAGAGUCCUCUUCAAUUUCACACAACAAAGGAAAUAUGCUACAGUUAUAGGUUAAAAAAACAUAUGAACACUUCAUUCCCAUUAUGCACACUAUCUACAGUCGAGUUUCAUGAAAAGAUUUAUUUUUAAAUGCUCUCUCAGACUUUGUUGAGAAGAGAGCUUUGCAGUGUCAUCUAAGGCACAACAUUUCAAUGUCCAUCAUAUAACUGGUGAAAUAUUAAUAUUUUAUUAUUUGUUUCUUAAGCUUCACCAGAAUUGUAAACUGUGAUGGACACUUAAAUAAUGAAAUAUUGUCAUUUGUUUCAUGUUGGGAAUUUUCCCACUUGAUCUUCAGUGAAUACUGAAAUCCUAUGUUCUCUUGGGACUGUGUUGAUUAACUGAUAUGGACACAUCACAUUUAAAUGUCAAGGUCCAGAAGAUUUACACUAGACCUUCUGGAGUGUCAGUUUAUCUUAUACAAAGAACCUGUGAAGGCAAGUUUCCAGCAUCCAUGAGGGUUCCUGAAGCAGUAACAUUAAACUUGCCAAAUCACCACCUAGAGAACACUAAUGUGGCAUUUCAUACUUGGCUUUUCAUCAUUUAUGAUGCAGAUUAGUCAAAAUAGUCUUUGAUUUCUGACCCUCACCACAAACGUCUGAACAGGGCAGUACAAAAACACAUUUUAAAUGAGAGAGUGAUGUAAUUUAUACUAAAUUGCAUGAAAAAAAUGACAAGGAGUUCAUUUACAAAUACCUGGCUUACUAGUGUUCAGUGCAAAGCAAAACCUGACGAUUAUUCUGCUUUAAAGGGCUUUCGUGCAUUCUUUGAUGGUGAUUUUAUGUGUAGAGCUUCAUAUAAAAUUUAAUUGUUUUCCAAAAUUUGUUACCAGAGUAUUUCUGUAGAGAAAAAAAUAAUAAUACAAUGUGUUUUGAGUGCAAUCUUUCCCUUACAUUUGAUGACUGCAAAGCUAUGUAAAAUACUCUAAUUUAGUAUUUAGAUUCCUCUAUUUAUUGCACUCUUUAUUAAAGUUAAUCCAGAUUUUUCUUUCUGUGUUUGCUUAGGUGAAGCAUCUUAUUCUUUUUGGCCAACUGUAAAAAGCCAUAUUCCUUGUGGUGUAAAUAUUUGUUUUUCUUUCUUGUCCAACAUGAAAGGCUCGUUUUUCAUUGGACAGUAGGCCUAACGAGGACAGAAUGCACGUAUGAAGAAUGCACUUUCUGUUGUAGGACUGAAUAUAGUCGGUAUUGUUUCACUGGAGAUUUAAUGAUAUGUUCCCCUUCCAGCCGAACCAUUGUUUAAGCGUUUGUCCUUGUACAGUGAGUGUGUGUGUGUGUUCUUGUGUGCAUUUUCAUUUUAAAUGAAAGCAAGGCUUUUCUCGGAUAGCUUUUCUUCUAUUUAGAGCUUGAGCAGACCAGCCAUUCUCUCCCAGUGAGACAGUCUGCAUGUUCAGGUGAUUAUGUAGUGCUACAGCAACAUGCAAAGCACAAUAAUGUUCAUCAAGUUUUUAUUUGUGUCUGAAAUGAAAACAAAACUGUUUAUUGUAUACAAUUAUUUAUUUAGAAUAAUCAUGUAAAAUUUAAUAUCAGCAUCCUCAAAUAUUUGAAAGGGACAACUAUAUGAAUCAAAUACAAUUGUUAAGAAAACUUUAAAAAAUCUAGAAGUGCAAGAAUUGUUCUGUGCUAGUCACUUGUAUUAUUUGAAACAGGCUUUAAUCUAGUGGUCAGAACUACUUUUUGAAACAGUUGACAUAUCUUUCUGUAGAAGAAAAACUAUGCUUGUCCAGCACUCAUCAGUAUUUCCUUAAAGGCAUACUAUGCAGGAUUUUGUUAGCUUUGCUGUGGUCCUGUGACUACAAUUAAAGGAGUUUCCUCCUCAAUCGUCAACCCUUCACCCUGAGUACCCCACCUAAUGUAGCUAGCUGGAUAGCUAGAGGUAAUGUUACUUACAGGUCCAACAGAAAACAAGCUAACUUCGCAUCACUUUUCAUCCCCUUGGCAAACUUCAGCUGAGGCCACUGAGGAAAUGCAAUUCCAAUAUUAGGCGCACAAAUUUGGUGCUUGAAGUACUUUAAGACAGAGAUUGCUAGUGCAUCAGAGAUAUGCCUUAUCAUGAUUUUUUAAAUAAUAUUUUCAAGGAUAAAAAUCCAGCAUAGUAUGCCUUUAAAUUGAAAUGUAUUUUUUCGGGGGGGGUGGGGGGUGUGGGGGGGGGUAUGAGGUGUCUAGCUCAUUUGCUCUACCUUAAUUGUUGCACCUGGUAACAGGCAUUCUGUAGGCAACCAAUAGUGCAACAGAAGCAAGUGGCACAUUCCGUGAAGGAGCACUUUAAAACAAACAGCACUUUUCUCUGCUGCUUUUAUACAACUCACUAGGAAGGACACCAACACCAAAUGCAUUGGUUUCCUUCACUUGUGGGAUCAAGGAGACAAUCUUGCUCGUAGUGGCCUGGCAAAGUAUCCAGCACUUACUACUUUGUUGGCUCAAUCAUUGCUAUGAAGAUGAGGUCACUCCCUGCCCUGGUCCUGGGAGGCUUUAUAGUUUAAGCACUCUGCCUUUGGCUUUCAGUGUCAUCAUUAAACUAAGCCAAUCCGCACUACUUCUGAGAUUUUGCGGACGGCAGACAUUAAACGGAACUUAGGACCCCUGUUCUGUGAGAUGGCCACGCCGUGUUUGCUUUUGCUUGUGGUUUUUAACGGCAGUGUAAUGGGAAGGAGAACAUCGCUCUCCAUGUCAUCGUGAAAACACACGGCUGUGGCUUUUUAAAUUCAUUCAUGUUCCGCAUUCAUUUAUUUAUUUGAUUUUACAUUCCGGAUUGUGUUAAUUUUUAGGAUUUAAUCCAGGGUGUACAUUACUAAUAAUCACAGAAUGAUAAAAUGAGUACUCCUGUAGCAUUUGAAUCUUCACUCAUGUUCAGGUUGGUAGUUUCCAUAGACAAUGUACUGAACAGUCGAUUUUUUUUUUUAACCCAUUCAGAGUAUAGUGUUGAAUAUUGGCAUUUGUUGGCAUUUGAAAUACAUCUACAUGAUUCCAUGCAUCAACGUGAAUCUGAAAACAAGCACUUUAUAUUCCAUGUGCACUUGGGUUUCUUUUCUUUUUUCCCUCCUUUUCUCACCCCACCUAAAAUAAUAUAAAAUGUACAAAAGAAAUGAAAUAUUAGCAUUCAGUCAAAAUAUUGACUGACAUACAGUUGCAUUUAGCUUCAUUUAUUAUAUUAUAUUUGUGUAUUUUGUGAAUUGUAUGUCUGAUGUUUCUGUUUUUUUUCCUAUUUAGAACUCUGUAUGUGUUUGUGGAGGGUGGAUUUAUAUACAGAUGUUUUAUACAAUUACUUUGUCUUUUUGUAGAGGCUUUUCAAGUGGGACCCAAGAGCAUGUCCAAAAUAAAAUCCAAAACAAUUUUGCAAAAGGAACCAGUUGUAAAAUUGUAAUCCCCACAUUUGGAUUGAAGUUCAUUAAGUAUUUUUUUUAAUAUUCUUCAUGCAUUUUAAUUUAAUUUGUUUGCUCAUCAGCCAGCAGUACUAAACAGCACUAUUAUAUCUUUAAAUUAAAUCUGAAAAACAGUGAAGUCCACAUGGUUUUAUGCUGUUUUUGGCUUCUAGGGUUGUGUGCAAUACUCAUCCAUAAUUUCUUUCUCUCAUUUAAAAAAAAAAAAACACUAUUUAAGUAGAAAAUAUGUACUAUAUUGUUCAGCUUUGCACUCAAUGUUUGAAUGCUUUCGAUUUUGGGACUGUUACACUAAAAAUUAAUAUCUCAAAGGUUCCAACCAUAAGCCUUAACAACUUGUUUCAAUUUGAUUGUGAUAUUUUUAGUUUUAGAUGAAGAUUGUAGAAUUUAUGUUUAACUACUGUGUAACUGAAGAAAAAAAAGUAAGAUUAAGCACAGUAAGAUUAUUGGUGAGAAAUAUGAGUAACAGACCUCCACUGUACAAAUCACAAUCAAAAGGUAAAGUUUGAAAGAAAAGAAUAGUGUUCUUUCUCAUAAAAUAGUGAUUACCAAAUCCACAAGGAUCUUAUGUCAACCAGAUUAAAUGAGUGGUGAGAUGAAAAUUGUGGCAGUCCAGGCUUCACUUUACAAUGAAAGCCUCUUUAGUGUUACUGAGCUGAACUUAUGUAGGUAGUGUGUUGUGCAAGUAUGAAUAUUGAAUAAGCUUUGUUUUGUUUUUUUGUUUGGUUGUUUGUUUUGGAGUUUUUUUUAUUUCUUUUGCUUUGUUUGUCAUGCCAUUUUUGCAGCAGUUGGAAUUUAGAAUCAUAAGUGUUUCUGAUAAUUUUUUUUUUUAAAUGGUGGAACAAAAAUGUUUUUGUGUAAUCUUUGGGUAAAUGAUUGUGUACAACAUUAGCUUGUCCUCUUAUAGUCCUAUAGAAUAAUAUAAGACUCGAAACAAGAAAGCAAUUGUUCUGUAUUCUAGCACUUUCUUUAACGUGUGUACUGUAUUAGUUCAUGUUCUACACGUAUGGUACUGUAUGAUUAUUCAUUAAUUGCCUUGUAGUGUUUGUAAAAGGUUGCAAAAUGUAGGAUACUUAUGUGAGAAAUUCCACGUUUAUGAAUUUUUGCAUGCCAACAGUUGGGUCCAAACAAAAGAUAAAACAUACAUUUAAAAAUGGUGCUAUAUUCUAAAACAUAAAGGUGCUGAUGUGGACCCCAACUGCAUGCAUGUUGACAGGAAAUAAAUUGUAAAAAAAUAAAUAGAUAAAAAUAAAAAAUAAAAAAAGUGAAAGAAAACUUGAAAAUGGACAUUUUCCUCAAGUGCAGAGCUAAAAAAUGAAUGGGAAAAUGUCCUUUCCUGAAUGCACACAGUUCAGCGUAAUUGUAAAUUCCAUACACGCCGUUGAUAGAAACUACAACUCUCCUAUACUUCCUGACCUUCUGUCCGUCUGAACUGGCAGUGGUCCACAGUGAACACUUUGUAAUUGCACAUUCACAGGCUUGCAAAUAUUGUGCCUCAACUAAAUUUGUAGUCCGACGUGGCACCAGAGUGCGCCCUUCUGUAACGUUUGCUGAACAAAAAUCAUUGCACUUACAUGAAGCUCAAAAAAGCGCCUCUUCUGCCAGACUUGCAUUCCUGUAAGCUCUGUGAGCUGACUCACAGAGCAGCAGCCCACAGUAAGUGCAGGUGUCGAAUGCUGCAGCCAGUGGUUUAUUCCAGUUGACAAAACCAAUUUGUGUGUGUCCCGGUCAAGAAAUUUAUCACAGCCCACCAGAUCGGCAAUGCUUGUAUACAGUUACCCUGCUUCUGUGUGUAUUUCCCAAAAGAUCCAUAUAGACAAUCUUAUGAACUAAAAUGUUUUUGUAUGGUUAUGAUUAAAUCAUUUGAUUCUUCUAUAAGCAGCUUUUACAUGUAGCAGGGUUUGGUUUUGGGGAAUGGGAAGUGGGGAGGGGGGUGAUGUACAAAAAAAAAAAAAAAACAGAGCUGAUAAUAAUGGCAACAGAUGUUGUAUUGGUUGUGAAAAAAGGAAAAUGUGGAUAUGUUACAUUAGUAUUUGCCAUCACUAUUUUAUUGUUCAAUAAAAGUUAUUCAUGAUUAA